AGCUAGAUUGCGUUUAAACAUAACAACGUAUAGAAAAAACACAAAGAUAUUUUUUAAUUUAAAGGAAGAUUUAAUAACCUGUCGAAGACAGGUAUAAAUGUGACAUUGGAAUCGUGUUGCCCGUAUAGUUGCGUGUUCCUAUUUGACUUGGUCGAAUAACUUCAUUCCAACUAAAGCAUCACAUCGGAUCGGAUAUGGAGUCAAUACCGAAAGACUCUAUAUUUGAAUUUAAUCCCGACACUCUCGAAUAUCUGAGGAAACAGUAUGAUUUGGACAAACCCGGCAGAAUUGAGGAAGCUAUCAACAUUUUGGAGGAAUGGAUAAAGAAGCAGAAUCAUUUUGUUGUUAAGGAAUUUCCACGAGAUUAUUUAGAGAGAGCGAUCAUAAUAAGUAAAGGGUCCGUAGAACGCGCGAAGACAAAAUUGGAUAAGAUAUGCACUUAUAGAACCCUGUUCCCUGACUUCUUUGGAGUGUAUGAUUUGAAAAACUCUCCUCUAUUGGAUGACUUAUAUGGAAUUUUUCUUCCCAAGUUAACAAAAGAUCAUUACAGAGUAUAUUUUAUGAAAAACAAAGCCAAAACAUUUAAGACGGGAUUUAUUGAUUUCUACCGUUAUUUUUUUAUGCAAUGUGAGUACAUCCAAGCGUAUGAUUAUUGUAACGGGUUAAUUCUCGUAAUAGAUUACACAGAGGCUAACGUUAUGGAGACGGUGAAAUGGUUUAAUUUGGUUGACCUGCGGGAAGCCUUCUCGAUUGUAAGAGAAGGAUACGGCAUGAGGAUAAAAGGUAUACACUUUGUGUCAGGAUCAAGGGCAGUGGAUGCAAUCGUCACGAUUUUCAAACAAGUACUAAGCGCCAAAGUGGCUGGACGUAUACAUGUCCAUAAAAAUAUGGAGACUAUUUUAGAAGUUAUAGACAAAGAUAUUAUACCAGUGGAAUAUGGCGGGAAUGAAAAAUCUUUGCUUGAAUUACAUAAAAAGAAUCUUGAAAUACUAACUUCAGAUAGUUUUACCAGUCAUCUAAGCGAAAUAAGCAAGGCUCAAACCAACGAACACUUGAGAAUAUCAUCUGAUAACCAACCAAAUCAAUAUUUAGGUUUACCAGGAUCGUUUAGAGCACUAAGUGUAGAUUAAAGUGUAAAAAUGGAAGUAAGUAAGGGUCAUAAACAAUAAAGGGUUUA